CAUAAUUAAAGUAUAGUACUAUUUUUUUUUUUCGCAGACACACUCUGAGGCUUAGCUGCACGAAGCUGCACGAUGAGGGCGCUCCUCUCGUCGUGCCCGUUGGCGCUGCGCCCGAUCCUGCGCAGGCGGGUGAGCAUGCUUCAUCUCCUACUCCAGCUUCUCCAACAAUGCAACUUUCUGCAACUGGCUCGCGCCGUCAUUGAGCCCGGCGACACGAAUGCUCGUUGGUAUGCCGAUUUUUCAAUGCAGCUGAACCUGACCGAGGUCGUAGAUGAUCUGAUCGGCGCUAUCGAGGAUCCGGUCGCCAACGAUGUGGUCCCCGGUGAGGUGGCAAGCGUGCUCAAAGCCGAGGUGUUUCCCUACCACGGAAACCUGUUGCAAAUUCACGGGGCUGUGUUCCAGGAGGACGUACGGCAGUAUUGGGAGAACCAAACCCCCGGCGGGACGGACGCGGUCCCUAUGGCUUUGUUCCUCACGUCCAUGCCCUACGCGCUGCAGCAGCAACUGUUGACCGAGUGUCCCAUGGUGAUGGCGGCGGCGUUUUUGCUCACGGCGGAAAUCCUCGCGUACACGGAGGUAGAUCAAAGCGUCGGGCUGCACAAGUACGAGGUGGCGCGGCACCUUGGGGCGCAGAACCCAGACCAUACAGAUGCGUGGAAUUUCGGAAAAGGGCUGCGACGCGUCGAAGCGGCUCUGCAACGGGAGAGAAUAAAAUCCGUCGUGGACGUGGUCGUCGUGCACUGUCGGGAAGAUCUGUUGGCGUGGUUACCGAUGUACUUUGUUGCCCUGCCCCAAAUGUGGUCUGCGGGUGCCACAUCGUACAUGACGAAAAUCAGGGUGUUCGUGUACCACAAGUGCGGCAGCCUGGAGCAGGAAACCGAGGCGACGCUGUUGCAGCAGCUGGGCGGGCUGAAGAGGCUUGUUGAGGACACAUCCGGCGUUGCUUUUUACAAUGGCGCGUCAAAGGACGAGAAAACCAAAGUUCCGAAACCGCGAACAUUCGUCGCGCAAAAGACCGCUGGAUUGCCUAUCCCUAUCGAGGUGUCCUUCACAAACCUCCGUAAUUACGCGAUGGAAAGCAUUGGGUACGCGACGCACCUGGCCUGGUUCGAUGACCACAAAAGUGACGUUCUGUUUUUCCUGCAGGGCGAGCCGAUCCACCACCAGGUGCCUGAUCUUCUCUCCGUCGCUUUGCAGAUGGUGAACGCCGGCACUUUUCCGAAUUCCGUGCCGUUUCUGCAUUUGAACCAGCGACGGUUCCUCGGCAGUUCGCACGAAUGCGUGUACGAGCUCCUGGAAAAGAUGGGAUUUCCAGAGAAAAAAACCUUCGCAGGCUACUGCUGCUCGCAGUUCGUCGUGCCGCGGAAAAGCGUGCUCUUGCCGGCGUCGAGGAGGACCGAUGCGGACGUCGAUGCCAGGGGACAAAUAAAGACUGGCGACGUCGCCGACCACGAGAGUGUUGGUCUUGGGUCCUCGGCCGAAAACGCUUUUGCGUACCAGCAGGCACGGAAAUUGCUCGACCAGGAGAUUCCGAUCAAGUGCAGCCAGGACACGAGCCAUGACGCGCGGCCAGGAAUCCACACCUCGGCACUGUACGAGCACAUGUGGCAGGUCCUGUUUCAGCAACCGAGCGUGUUGCCCAUGCGAAAAAACGACUAUGCGCUACCCGUAUUUCUCCGCACCGAGGGACUCGACCCCGUGUUUCGAAAUUUUGCGCUCUCCUCCGUUGCACAAAGAACCGCCGUCGCCAGCAUGUUCGAGAGAUGAAGACGGUGAAGAUUUACGCAAAAUGUGCAUCAAAGCAUCUUCUUCUGACUAUAAGCAGC